AUGGUGGCCAUGAAGCGAAAGGCAUCAUUGGAGGGGUUCACAACCCCCAAACGACACCAGAAGCAGAAUGUCCUGGAUAAUUCUGACCUGAUCUACGAGGAGACUCACUCCGACGCCGAGUACUCGGCUCCGGGUACUCCAAGCUUAAUGAGCGAAGACUUGGAUGACUCUCCCGCGACCCCGUUCUCAACCACCUCUUCCCGAGUGCAGCGAUGGCCAUCCGAGCUCAAAGCCUUCUCUUGCUCGUUCGAGGGAUGCGACAAGUCCUUUAAUCGGCCGGCUCGACUUCAAGAGCAUAUUCGUUCACACACCAACGAGAGAAUUUUCAAGUGUGACUAUGAGGGCUGUGACAAGUCAUUCUUACGCCUUACCCAUCUUCAAUACCAUGUCAAGAGUGCCCAUACAGGUGUUCGAGAAUAUGUUUGCGACUACCCAGGUUGUGGGAAGAGCUUUGUAACCGGGUCGCGUCUUCGCCGACAUGUUGCUACGCAUGGUGGAAAUGACAAGUAUCGCUGUACCGAAUACCCACCUUGCGACGAGUCAUUCCGGAAGCAUUCAACGCUACAGAUACAUAUCACGGUUGUCCACUUGGGCCAGAAGCCAUUUCCAUGUCCUCACGUGGAUCCGAUUACCAAUGAGAAAUGCAAGAUGGCUUUUGACAAGGCUGGUAAUCUACGGACUCACCAGAGCAGAGUCCAUUCCGAGAAGCGAUUCACUUGCGCGGAAUGUGCCGAAAACACAGGAGCCCAAUCAUCGGAUAUGGCAGACGACGCUAGAAGCCAGGAUUCAUCAUUUCCCACAUAUGCCAGUUUGCAAAACCACAUUCGGAUUGUUCACCCUCCCAAAUGCCCCGAGUGUCCAAUGUCCUUUUCCACAGCACGAGGGCUGCGGCGCCACAUCGACAUAGCUCAUGGCACUGUCACUCUUGAAGAACGAAAGAUAUUCCCCUGCACCCUCCCCGACUGUGGGCGCAGCUUCACCAAGCAAGGCAACUUGGCUGUCCAUGUUCGCACAGUACACGAAGGCGAAAGACGGUUCAUCUGCGGCGAAACAGAUCUCUCAAACUCGAACAAGCUGGAGGGAUGGGAUGGCGUGGGUUGCGGCAACCGCUAUGGCAGCAAGCUGUCACUCGAAGAUCACAUCCGCGUUGCACACUUAGGGCUCCCAAAUAGGAGACAACGCCAAGCAAAGACAGGCAAAAAACCGAAGCAAAAUUCCGCUUCUACUCUUUCCGCUCUCACGGGCCAAGGUUAUGCCGAGGAAACAGGACGACAGAUCGCUUGCUUUUACCACGAGACGUGUCCACACCGUUUCCAUCGCAACUACGAUCUGUGGGUACACAUGACCACCAAACACCACUGCACUGAAGACGAUGUCCAGAAUCUCUUCGUGCAGCGCGCACUGCUUACCGAUGAAUCCGGUCCUGGAGGCAACUCCAACUCAUUGGGUAUUUACGGUCUUGGAUAUGAUCGGGAUGACCAGUCCUACUACCAACAAUCCUACACGGCAGGUGACCACUCCUCGGAUGUUGCUUUUGGCUCGCAGUCGAAUGAUUCAUCCUAUCUCCCUACCCAGCCGGGCUUGGAUUCUGAUUAUUUGAUGCAAGACGAUCUCCCAGUGAGCGCAGCCGGCGAUAUUGAUUCUAUGAUACCCAGCCAUAAUCAGAUGGCAUUUGUUGACCCUGUAAAUGCUUAUCAUACGAUGGAACAGUGA